AUGUCCUUAUCGCGCUCACCAUCACCUAGAAGAGGAGGAGGGUGGUCAAGUCCCGGGCUGACAAGCCCCUAUGACAACGUAAGCGGGAAUGCCAGUCCUAGGAAGACAUAUGGCGAUACACAGACGAAUGGUUCCUCAAGUGGUGAUAACGUGACCUGGGCUAAAGCAAAAGCGAGAAGUGAGGAGGUGAAAGGAUACCCAUCCUUUUCGACCAGGAACAAUGGCUUCUUCUCACGACAUGCAAGGAAGAUAUCGACAAGUCUGCCUACGUUCAGGAUGACGGGGCGAAGAGACUUUUCGGACAAAGAAAGGCUCGGACGAGGAAGAUGGGCACAGAUGGGUGGAAGUAGGACUGGCAGGUUUCUCACAUAUCUUGGAAGGACGGCAUGGCGUUUGAGAUUACGACUAGGAAUAUUUCUUGCAUUCGUCUUGGCGAUCAUCUUGUUUUACGUUACUCCAAUGCAUCGAGCGUAUCGAAGAGCGUCGUUCUUAGGCGGCGGCAGCAAGUUCGUGGUCAUACUAGCGGCUAACCAAGGAGGAGGUGUCAUGGAAUGGAAAGGCGCUCGUGAAUGGGCUAUUGAAAGAGACAGUGUGAGGAAUAAGAAGAAGUAUACCAAGAAGUGGGGGUACGAUCUCGAGAUUGUUGAUAUGAGCACCAAGAAGAGGUAUGCACACGAAUGGCGGGAGAGCUGGGAGAAGGUGGAUACCAUACGGAAUUGUAUGCGGAAGUAUCCCAAGGCUGAAUGGUUUUGGUGGCUGGACCUGAACACCUUCAUCAUGGAACCCUCAUAUCCACUGCAAAAGCACAUCUUCAAUGACCUCCUGGGUAACACCUACCGAGACAUAAACGUCUACAAUCCUCUCAAUAUCUCACACCCGUUCCAAUCUCCCCACCUCGAUCUUCCGGCCCGCUCAGCCAACGGUGACGGCCAUGCCAACUCUAUUGACCUCAUUAUACCUCAAGACUGUGGAGGAUUCAAUCUCGGCUCCUUCUUCAUUCAUCGUAGCGUUUGGACCGAUCGUCUCCUCGACAUCUGGUGGGACCCCGUCGGCUACGAGCAAAAGCAUAUGGAAUGGGAACACAAAGAACAAGACGCAAUGGAGCAUCUUUACAUCAACCAACCAUGGAUAAGGCCACAUACAGCUUUCAUCCCGCAGCGAAAGAUCAAUAGCUUCCCCAUGGGUGCAUGCGGCGAGAACGGCGAGGAUUCAAGGAUACACUAUUCAGAGAGAGACCGGGACUUUGUGGUCAACAUGGCUGGUUGUGAGUGGGGAAGGGACUGCUGGGGGGAGAUGUACAACUACCGCGAAUUAAGUAACAAGCUCAACAGGACGCCGUGGGAGAAGUUCAAGGACGGCAUUAGCGACCGGGUUAAGACGUUAAGAGGGAAGAAAGAGGAGGGCACUGAGGGCUAA